ACAACAUUUGCGCAGCUGAAAUUGUCAUAAUGUCGCUUCCCCCUCCUUUCAAUAUAGAAACGGCUAAUGCCAAAGUCAAGAAAGCCCAAGACCUGUGGAACAGCCAGGACCCAAAAACAAUCGCCCAGGCUUAUACUGCGGACAGCAUCUGGCGUAACCGAUCCAGUUUCAUUACAGGCACCGCCGCUAUCGAAGACCUCUUGACCAAAAAGUGGGCGAAGGAAAAGAGCUAUCGUCUGCGAAAGGAACUAUUCGCCUUCACGGAUGACAAGAUUGCCGUCCAGUUCUGGUACGAAUAUCAGGAUGCGCACGACAGCAUGAAGUGGAAGCGAUGUUACGGCCUCGAGGACUGGACAUUUGCGGAAGAUGGCAAGAUGCGAAAGCGCCAGAUGAGCGGAAACGAUAUCGAGAUUGACGAAGCUGAUCGAUGGUUCAAGGAUGGUGUGGAUGUCAAUGAUGUCGAGAUCAGCGAAGCCCAUUGGUGAUUAUUCAUUGAUGUCUCUGAACAGAAGGGGUAUCAUAACGCUCAAGUAACGGAUGCUGUGGUUGUACGCUCAAGCCGUCGACGGGUCUACGCGGGUGGCGUAUCGUGUAUCAAAACUAAGAUGAACUUGGGAUCUGGCCAUAAAUUAGCAAAGCACAGUCUCUGUUCUUGUCAAACC